CGCAAUCCAUCAUAGUCUAGCAAUGUGUGUACAAUAGGUACCUGUUGCGAAAUCCAUGUAGACCUGAGGUCGCCUCAAUAAAUGGGACCGGAGCGCCAAUCGUACUUAGUAUACGCCUUGCUCUAUCUCCAUUCUCCGCACUGUUUUUCAAGAUCCAACCUUUGCGAUGUAUCUGUUACUUCGUUUCAUCGUUCUAUCAGCAGGUAUUGCAUCUUCACUGAAUAUCCCCGCUCAAGACAGCCCUCCUCCUUCCGUUGACUUCCAACAUAUAGAAAAAAGAGCAGGUAGUCUGAGUUUCAGGAUCACCAAGACUCGCGAUAUCGGCUAUUGGGCUGUAAAUGCGAAAUUAGGUGGCAAGAAGCGUCCGAUGAAGUUGCAGAUUGACGAUGGGUCUUCCCAUACCUGGAUUCUACGCUCGGGUGCCCGCCUACUAAUGCCUCCGGGCGUUAAGUCGCUGGCAACGACAGCGUCCUUCAGGGACGCAUAUAAACCGCUUUCUGAAGAGUUUCGAUUUGAAUAUGCCUCGGAUGAGUGGGUAAGGGGCCACUUAGGAUUGGUGGAUUUAGAGGUUGGAGGCAUGACCGUGAAAGACAUGAAAUUAGGGUUUGCCACGAGUUUACGGUUCGAUACUGGUGGAGUCCUCUCCGGGGUCAUUGGGCUCAGACUCAAGCAAGGCUAUAGGCCAGACGUGCCCCCGACCCCCAAAACCGCAUUUCUGGUGGAGGCAUGCAAAGAAGCAGGAUACGACGGUCUGUUCUACGCUGUAGAUAUCAACCGAGGCGGCACGGGAUAUCUCCAUAUUGGAGAUCCUCUCCGAAAUAGAGACCAGCCAAACACAUGGCAUAUUAUUCCCGCUGAACGGCGCAUAGCGGGCUCUACACUCAGCAUCGAUCUUGUAGACAUAAAGCUCGGAGUCGCUAAUAAACCCGACUACACAUACUCGAAAGAUACUAAAGUAACUUUUGAUCUUGGCUCUUCCCACUUGUAUUUGCCAAGAGAAUUUGCACAAGAGUUCCAAAGUCACUUUCAGCCCAAACCGGAGCUCUCCGAAGGACAUCUCUAUGAAGUUGACUGUGAAAGCACCACGAAUGAUCUGGACUCGUUCGAAUUCGCGUUCAACGACGAUUCUGGUAGGAGACAAGUUAUCCGCAUUUCCAAAGAAGAUUACAUCUUGAAGAUCAAGGGGACCUGCACUUUGGCGGUCGCCAUAUCUGAAACUCCUCGCAUCGAGUUGGGAGCACCAUUCGCCUUGAAUUCGAAGUAUGGACUAGACUUCAAGGAAGCCGUGGUUCACCUCAAGCAAAAGUAA